AUGGCCCUUGUAUUGCUUGUUCUUACACGUUUUCUGUUCACAACAGCAGCAACGUGUAACCCCGUACCUUUUGCUCUAUCAAUCACCGAUGUUCAGGUUGACCCAGAAAUUCCAGACUCGUUCAUGAGAGGAAUUCCAGCGCAGAUAGGUACUCCGCCACAACACAUCGUUAUGCUACCUUGGGCAGAGCUGAAUAAUACCUGGAUAUAUGACCAACAAACGUAUUGCGAUCCAACCAUUAUUUUCAGCGAUACAAUUUGUCAAGUUCGACGAGGACACCCUUACUCUGAUGGCAACUCCACGUCAUUCGUUCAAUCACUAGACAUCAUCAGUGCCGGAGGAUCAUCACAAGAAACAAAUGCCUUUGGGUCGGAAGUGGGUAUCGCCAAGCUGAUUGAUACAAGCCUUGCUGGCAUUGAAUUCUUCAAUGUUGCCUCCACAAGUCAGUUGUCUCGUUUUCCGAUUGGGAUACCUAGACUAGGUUGGGAUGCUGGGUACACAACUCUUCAUGCAUUGGGCAUGGGCACUAAUUCUACUUAUAUGAACAAUCUCCGUUCCACCGGGCGGAUUGGGGCAAGGGUCUGGUCAAUAUUUUGGGGUCGCAUGUGGACAACCAACAACCCCCUCGACGGACAAGUUGUUCUAGGAGGGUACGAUGAGAGCAAGGUGAUCGGUCAAAAUCAUACUCAGGCUCUCAACUAUGGUGCUACAGGAUGCUGGACUGGGAUGAAGGUUAACAUCGCAGACGUACUCGUCAAUUUUCGUAAUGGGAAGGACGCCAGUAUUCUUCAGGCAAACACAGCAAUUCCGACAUGUAUCGUGCCACACAGACAACUGCUUCUUGAGGUUCCAGGCACCGUUUACGACAAUUUCGAAAAAGUAACCAAUACGACCAAUAUUGGGGUAUCCUAUGGGUUACAUUGGUCUGCUCAUCUAUUUGACAUGGGCACUCAGUAG